AUGUCAGAUCUCGGGCCUUUGACGACAACAUUUACGCCGGCGUCUGGGUGUAACUCUAUUCUUUCGGGAAUCGUAUACACGCAGACUCUACAGGAUGGCAACACGACUACACACAAGUACCAUAGUCUAGGGCCCAGUGCCACGUCCGAGUGCUACCCACCAGGGUUUGAACCCGCGUCUGGCUUUUACUCCCCCGGGAUCUGCCCGUCAGGUUGGUGGUCGGCGUGCGGAACGCUCGACGCUAUCGCAACUCUUACCGAGACUAGAGCGACCUGCUGUCCGCUCGGAUAUGUGUGCAUACAGAAGCCAGAUCCGACUGAGACGUGGUCGACCUUGUCCUGCUCAUCGUCUGCUAUCUCGUCUGUCUCCGUGACAGUUCCGGACCUGUCUAAUCAGAUAAGCAAAGUUACUGUACUGAGCGGGAUUGUCAUACAUGCCGCAGCGAUCAACAUACGGUGGCAGAGGGGCGAUUUUAUAGCAUCUCGCACGAACACGCCGACCACUUCAGCAACAUCUUCUCUAUCGUCCUCUCUUUAUCAACCUCCAGCGCCAAGCGGAACUGAGAUAGCUAAUGAGGACACAGAAACGGGGCUUUCCUUGGGCGCGAAGAUAGGCGUCGGCGUAGGUGUAGGACUGGGGGGGUUGCUCCUAAUCUCAAUCGCGAUUGGUAUCUGGUUAUGGAAAAUACGCCACCCCGAGGGGAAAGAGCAGCAGAGAAAUAUGACCAUGCGCCACCCGCCCAAUCUUGGGGCUUCGAAAACGCCGGCGGAGUUGUGGGAGCAGGACCAACAAGAGAUGCAGACUACGAGUAAUACGCACGAAAUGGCCACGGAGAAUAAUCGACAUGAGAUCACGGGUACUCCUAGGCCCGCCGAGCUGCCUCAUGAGAGUUGGAGGUAGUUUUUCCGGAAUGUGGAUAUCAUGUUAAACG